CUCACUGAUUUUCAACCAUCUCAACAUUCUUCGAAGAACGAUUGAGUUGUAAGGGUUGAGCAAUUCAGUGGAACAUCGAUUUGAAAUAUCAACACAGGCGAUUGAGAACAAAGACAACAAUACAAGAUGGUGAAGCUUUCAUCGAUUAAGAUGGAGGUUCCUCUGUUCAAGACCAAUAAGGUGAGCGAGUUCGCCAAGUGGUGGCCGCUGUUUCAAGCGUAUGCAAUUCAGAAGGAAUUCGCGGAGGUGAUYCAACURGAGAAAUCCUCAGCAUUACCAGAGACUGAACUUGUAACAGGAACAGUCGAACACACGAAAGGACAGCAGGAAGCUAUCAUCAAGAAUAAAAUGGGAAUCGCCGCCUUCACGAUUGCAUUUGCAAAGAACGUGAACGAAGACUGCCAGGCAUAUGURACCGAUUCCAAGGACGAGGACUGGCCAACCGGACAAUGCCACCUAGUAGUGAAGGAACUAUUGGAUGAAUUCGCGGCUGAYGACGAAAUGGGAAUGAUUAGGCAAAGAAUCGAGCUGUAUUCGAUUCACAUGAAGAAGACGGACAACCCUAAAACACUGUUUUCCCAGAUCACUUCCAUUGAACAGAAGUACAAAGGGAGGGUCACUCCAUUGACUGAAGAGGAUAAACGAGCGGCCAUACUGAUGAGAGCACCCAAGAUGUACCAAGUGGUUAUUCAAAGCGAAAGAACGACCGAAAAGAAGAUAAACAAGAGAGAGCCAACCUUGAAACAACUGCGAGCGGCUAUGUACGACCACUAUAAAAGUAUCCAGAUUAAUCAAGCCAACAAUCUGUURCAGGAAUUAACGCUGUAUGCAGGAGGUGACGAUGAUGACAGCAGCGAUGAUGAAGAGGCGCCGAAACGCGUAAAGAAGAGCAAGAAAACAAAGAAGAAAUUUAUUAGAAACAAAGGCAAGAACCAUAACAACAAGAAAAGAUGCUAUGGGUGUGGAGCGCUAGGCCACAUCAAACGUGACUGUCCUCAUGAGAAACCGUGCAGUCACUGCGGGAAGAAGGGACACACCGAGAGCGARUGUUGGAAGAAAUAUCCGGACAAACGACCAAAAGGAAUGCGAGACGACAACAGCGAGGUCGCUGGAAUCGUCGUUGAGGACGAACUCACRUUUACACUAAUGGAUCUAACGUGCGAGGAAGGAUCACCAUGGUCAAGCAGUCYUUUUCUUCCAGCAACUAAUAACAGUAUGAAUACUGUAAAACGUAGCAAAAUGAGCAGUACACGCAAAGCAGCUAGUGAAGCUAGCAGUAUCGUGAGGAAGCAGAAUAGAGCUAAGAAACGCCGCGGGAAUGCGCUUAUGAAGAUCGUGAAGCAAAACGGUCGGAAGGUACGCGCAAGCGCGAGAAACGCGAGCAACCCAUCACGCGGAGAUAUAAGCCAAAAUCUGGUAUUGUAUGGAGACCGUAACGGUACAAACGAAUUUUCUGGUUGGACGUUACAGUUGAUACCAGGGAAAGACGUGGCAAAACCCGUUGAAACUGUUGAAGCGAUGAAAUACAUAGGAUAUCAGCGAYACCAACAGAAAAUUCAAGAAAGGUUGCGCGUGGUUGAACACCAAAUCGGGAAACACUUAAGGGAGGUACAGGCGUUGAGGCUACAACUCCAAGUCCAGCCAGGUCGCGUAGAGAGCGAGGCGGUGUUGCUCAACGUGGAGACAGAAUUGGGCCUAUCAAAGACCCAUGGGACUGAAUUGUUGUUUACGCCUAACAUAUGGAUUGCAGACACAGGAGCCUCGUGUCACGUAACUAACAGUGAUACAGGCUCAACCCCYUCACACGGUGCGAGUGUACGUAUGAAGACCCUACAGCAUUCACUAGACGCYAGCGGUAAUAAGAUGCAUACUAGCGCUAUACUGGAUAUCAAGGGAUCCAUUCAUAGUCAAGAUGGGCAGACUACUAAUGUAGUGUUGAAGGACUGUCGCUAUGGAUCGUCGAAGUUUAACCUGUGUUCAAUCACAAAGUUGACGGAAGCAGGAUGGUAUAUGUGGGGAGACGCGAAGGGUAUUCACCUAACCAAAGGCGAAAGGCGGAUUGAUUUCGAUAUACCGAUCAAAACCCAAGAAGGUAAGCUAUGGGCAGCGGACAUCCAAAGGCGYAGCACAACUAGUGGUCCUGGGGAGUGUAUGCUGGCAACCCCAACAGUGAUGAGCCUGGCCAAAGCGCACUUGUUUUGUGGCCAYAGUUCGGUUAAAGAAACGAAGCGGACGGCUUCGCACCUGGGCUGGAARCUAACGAGAGAGCCGUUUCGUAAGUGUGAGGCAUGUGCCGUGGCAAAGGCACGGCAAACUAAUUUAACCGGAGGAGAAACUCGUAUYCCAAGCAAGAUUGGAGAACUKUAUWACAUCGACGGUAUGAGACUCAAGAAACCAAAACAGUCACAGGAGCAUGUCCAUUUCCCAAGGAACAACUGCCUCGUGAUGGCGGUAGAGCAUAUCACUGGAGCAACAAUGAUAGGCUGGUAYAACAAGAAGAACGGGUUCAUCGAAGAUUUCUGUACAUACUUCCAAAGAGAGGCAUGUCGAGGCAAACYAGUCAAACGCAUUCGUUGCGAUGAUGCCGGAGAAAACAAGCGACUCCAGACAAGAAUCAAUGGAGCUGACUGGAAGCUCAACGUGGACUUCGAGUUUACAGCUAAGACCCCUCAGCGGAAUUCAAGGGUCGAAACCAAGCUGUUCCACAUGAGUAACAAGACUCGCGCAGCAUUGGAGACUGCCAAUGUGCCAGAUGAGUAUCGAUACGUGUUGUUUGCAUURUUCUACAAGUGGUGCUGCCAAACAGAUAUGCUCACCGUGAUCGAUAUUAACAACGACCAGAAGACACGCAACGAGCAUCUGUAUGGGAAACUUCCGGCCUGGACAGAGCACAUGCAGAUUGCAGGAAUGGCAGGGGUAGUCAAGACCCAUCAGAGGACCACCCCGAAGGUCGACGCGAGGGGAAAGACUUGCAUGUUUGUGUGUUUUGCAAAAGACCAUGCAAAGGACUGCUAUGUAAUGUAUGAUCCCCGAUCACRGGGGAUUGUUCAUUCAAGAGAUGUGCAGUGGUUGGACCGCAUGUAUUUCCCCAAGAAAGCUCGACCGGGAGCACCAAUCACUGUGGUGGGACUGAGCCCGCGUCUGGCUCAAGGCAURGCCAUUAACCGUGAUGAAGAAGAGGGCAGCGAGGCGGACAGCGUGGAAACGGAUUCCACUGCAUCAAGAGGUGAGGAAGUUGACCACGAAGAAGCCUCUGAUUCAAACAGUACUGUGAUCAUGUUCGAACAGGACAAUGAGCCCCUGUUYGAUACACAUGAGUACAGCGAGGACGAAAGCCAGAGCAAKGACGAGGAGUCGGACAAUGGAACUAACUAUCGUACUCGCAGCGGGCGGGAAGUACGCCCUCCUACCAGGCACGAUGGGACUCGGUUGGGGGAUGAGGUCAUCGCACUUCAUAUAGAAGACAAGUAUGUGGAGGAAACAUGCCUGCUAGGACUGGAAGAGGUCAAAGCACUACCGCCGGCAACUGAACACGUGGAUGAGGCAAUGAGGGAAGAAGAGUACAUCCUGUUAAGCUUAACCAAGGAGGARCAGGUAUACACGUCCGUUGAAACAGCCUUUGGUUACAUAAACAASAAGGGAGCAUAUAUGCUGGUYGCGGCAGCAUUACAAGAUACCCAUGGAGAACUGCACUUAGUAGGAGCCACGGGCCAUAAUUACGGCAAUACAGCAGAGCUGAACGURAUGAAUUACAAGCAAGCCAUGGAAUCCGUGGAUCGCAAGGAAUGGAACAAAGCAAUCAAGAUUGAGCAUGACAAAAUGGUKAAGUACAAUGUAUUUAAGGUAGUUCAUCCCAGCGAGGUCCCAAAGAGGGCCAGGCUGUUUGACAGCACAUGGGCUAUGAAGAAGAAGCCUGAUGGAACUUUCAGGGCUCGGAAUGCUAUUCGUGGAUUCAUGCAAGUGGACGGAGAACACUAUGAUAGCAACGACAAAUCUUCUCCUGUGGCCACCGAGGUUGGUAUCCGUGUCGGGUUYGUCCUCGCAAUCGUGGGAGGAUGGUACCAACAUCUCGUUGAUGUUGAAGGAGCUUUCCUGAAUGGAGUAUUUCAAAAGCCCAACAAGCACAAGAUGUAUAUGGAAGUUCCACARGCGUAUAAGAAGUGGUAUCCGCCGUGGGCCGUAUUCCUGUUGCUCAAAACACAGUAUGGAACAGUGCAGGCCGCAUUGCAGUAUUAUCGUGAGUGCUGCAAAGCAUUGGCUUUCAUGAGGUUUAAGAGGAAUCAGGCUGAGCCAUGCAUGUUUUACAAGUGGAAACAGAAUAAGCUGGUUCUAUUUGUGCUGUGGGUGGAUGAUUGCUGCAUAUCCGGUCCAAAGCAUUUGGUGUUGGAAGCAGUGGAAGAUUUCACUGGGCUUUGGGACUGUAAAGACCUGGGCGAGCUAAAAGAGUAUGUCGGCUGUAAAGUGGAACGCACCAAGGAGUGGAUUAGACUAACACAGCCAGUUAAGGUUCAAAGGUUCAUUGAUGAAUUCAAUUGCAAGGGAGACAAUGGUCCCGGUCACCGAGCCCCAUCAACACCCGCUGAGCCGGGAAGUGUGCUUGAAUACGAUAAGGUCGAGGAAAAGCCCAUUAACCAAAAGAAACAAACAAAAUAUCGCUCYGGAGUAGGGAUAUUGUUGCACAUGAUGCGGUGGAGCAGACCGGACGUGCUGAAUGCAGUACGGGAGCUAUCCUCACAUAUGACCACCGCAAGCAAGCUGUGUUACAAGGCACUAAUGCGUGUCAUGAAUUUCAUAGUGUCCACAAAAGACAAGGGAUAUGUGUUUCGACCAUAUAAACCGGCUGAGUGGGAUGGUGAAAGGAACUCUAGAGARUUCCAAAUCGAGGGCAAGUGUGAUUCCGAAUAUGCUAAACACAGCUCACGUAGAAGUGUGAAUGCGGGAAUUACUUAUUUCGAAGGAGCAAUUGUUAAGCAAUUCAGUAAGAUGAUGCCAAUCGUGGCAUUGUCCACCACUGAGGCUGAGUUAUAUUCCGCAGUAUUAACAGCACAGGAUAUGAUGUUCGUGUACCAUAUCGUGAUUAAUAUGGGGCUUAAAGUGAAGUUGCCCAUGGUAUUGCACUGUGAUAACAAGGGAGCAGUUGCACUGGCUAAUAAUUGGUCAGUAGGAGGAAGAACAAGACACGUGGAUGUUAAACAGAACUUUAUUCGCGAGCUAAAGGAACACGGRUACAUUGAAGUACACUGGAAGGCCGGGGCAGACAUGACUCCGGAUAUCCACACAAAGAAUGUUCCGAAGGCGUUAUUCGACAAAUACAGCAACGAGCUUGUGCAGUAGUCUAAUAAGGGAAGUGUGUUGGAACAAAUGGUCUGUCAUGCGUGCGGAUAACCGAGCCAGGUGAGCCAACAUGUAUUACUGAAUAUAGACUAGAGUAAGGGAUUGAGGGAAUCAAGUAAGAGCCAGCUUAUUGGAGGAUUAAYAGCUAAGACAGCUGUCAAUGAAGAUGUCAAAGAUGACAGGAUACAGAUGGUGUAGAUCGAGCUGGCAACAGAGGUGUCAGGGGACCUGGAUAGGAACCCUUGAAGUUGAAGAGAUCCAGGAGGGAUCCAAGUAUCUUUAUUGAUCCACAGUGAAGGAAUAAAGGAAAGAGUGAAACAAUGAGUACAAGAGGAGUGAAUUCCGGACAGAGGCCGUGAUUAUUAGAGCUGGGAGGAGAGCUCAUAUUUCAAAGAAAUAGAGAAUAAGAUAGAGA